AUGCCGUCGCCAUUGACUGAACCGGUGAGACUCCCCUGCGGAUUGGUGUUUCCGAAUCGACUGGUCAAGGCUGCUAUGGCUGAGAUGCUCGCCGACAGGAAUACCAACCUCCCGACGCCGGAUCUUGUCGAGGCGUAUCAUAAAUGGGGACAGGGUGGAUGGGGAGGUCUUUUGACCGGAAACGUCCAAGUCGACAUCUCCCACCUCGGCACGCCCUUCGACCCAUCCCUCCCCGCCGACCCCUACACUUCCAAACACGCCAACACCGACCUCAUCAAUUCCUACUCCCGCAUCGCCCAAGCCGCCCAAGAACACUCCAGCACGCCAUGCAUCGUGCAACUCUGCCACCCGGGACGCCAGUCUUUCCGAGGCGCCGGCCACCGCGGCCUCUGCGCGCCGACGAUCGCGCCGAGUGCGAUCCCCCUGACGAUGGGCGACGGGUACCUGGAACGGCUGGUGAGUUGGGUCACGUUUCCGGCGCCGAGGGAGAUGAGUAGCGCGGAUAUCGAGGCGGUUACGGCGCGGUUUGUGGAUGCUGCGAGGGUGAUGGCAGAUGCGGGGUUUGCGGGGGUUGAGUUGCAUGGGGCGCAUGGGUAUUUGAUUGAUCAGUUUCUUAACUCUAAGACAAACCACAGAACAGACGCCUACGGCGGCUCCGCCACAAACCGCGCCAAAUUCAUACUCGACAUCAUCGCGCAGAUCCGCGCCGUCGUGCCGUCUUCCUUCUGCGUCGGCAUCAAGUUGAACUCAGCGGACCAUGACCACGACGACCCGGGAGCUUUCGAAGACACCAUGACACAGAUCGGACUGCUCGUGGACGCGGGGAUUGAUUUCUUGGAGAUCUCGGGGGGGAGUUAUUCGGAUCCAAAAAUGAUGGGCACCGAUUCAUCCCCCCAAACACAACCCUCAAGCACCAAAAACCGCGAAGCCUUCUUCCUCACCUUCUCCCACGAAACCCGCAACCGCCACCCCACCCUCACCCUCCUCCUAACCGGCGGUUUCCGCACGCGCGCCGGCGCCGAAGCCGCACUAUCCCAGAACGCCUGCGACCUGAUCGGCAUCGGACGACCGGCGGCCAUCGCGCCGCAUUUCCCGGCCUUGAUGCUAGACGAAGCGACGGGGGCGGAUGAGGCGGGGUUGACGCUGGGGAGGGUCAGGGAUCAGUAUCAGGGGGGUUGGGUUGGGAGGAUGGUUGGGAAGGUUGUGGGGGUUGUGCUUGGGGGGAUGGUGAAGGGGGUGGGGGCGGGGAUGGAGAGUGCGUAUUAUUCAGGGCAGAUUGCUAGGAUGGCGAGGGGGUUGAAGACGGUUGUGCCUGGGUUAUGA